AGUAACGCCUUAAUGGUGCGCAUGAGUCUCCGGCAGGGCUGCGAAGGUUUCCGGGAAGCCAGCCAAUGAUAUUCCCAACGCAAACUUAGUGGCGGCAUUUUCUACUGGAUAAAUUGGCCUUAGUCCCGCCUUCUCGUUGCAGAGUUUUGUCCGAAGGAAACCGAUGGGGAUCGCAACCGUAGCGGUUGAACUGCCGCUGCUGCGGAUAUCUGACCGAAGCCUUCGGUGGUUGUCGGCCUAAUGAGCGGACGGCAAAGAACGCUUUUUCAGACGUGGGGCUCAAGUAUCUGCCGAUCAUCUGGGGCUCCGGGUUGUAGCUCCGGAACUGAGCGACCUCAGAGCCCUGGCAGCUCCAAGGCGCCUUUGUCGGUAGCAGCGGAGGCUCAGCUGGAGUCGGACGAUGAUGUGUUGCUUGUCGCGGCGUACGAGGCUGAGCGGCAGUUGUGUCUAGAGAAUGGCGGGUUCUGCACCUCCGCAGGCGCCCUGUGGAUUUACCCUACCAAUUGCCCAGUGCGGGACUACCAGCUGCACAUCUCCCGGGCUGCUCUGUUCUGCAACACGCUGGUGUGUCUACCCACCGGACUGGGAAAGACCUUUAUUGCCGCCGUGGUCAUGUACAAUUUCUACCGCUGGUUCCCUUCAGGAAAGGUGGUCUUCAUGGCCCCAACGAAACCCUUGGUGACACAGCAGAUCGAGGCUUGCUACCAGGUGAUGGGUAUCCCGCAAUCCCACAUGGCCGAAAUGACAGGGUCUACACAAGCUUUCACCAGGAAGGAAAUAUGGUGCAGUAAGAGAGUCCUUUUUCUUACACCUCAGGUCAUGGUAAAUGACCUUUCUAGAGGAGCUUGUCCCGCUGCUGAAAUAAAGUGUUUAGUUAUUGAUGAAGCUCAUAAAGCUCUCGGAAACUAUGCCUAUUGCCAGGUUGUAAGAGAACUAGUCAAAUAUACAAAUCACUUUAGAAUCUUGGCUCUAAGUGCCACACCAGGUAGUGAUAUAAAGGCUGUGCAACAAGUUAUUACUAACCUGCUAAUUGGGCAGAUAGAGCUUCGUUCUGAAGAUUCUCCAGAUAUUUUGGCAUAUUCUUAUGAAAGAAAAGUUGAAAAGCUUAUUGUUCCGCUUGGUGAAGAACUCACAGCCAUCCAAAAGACCUAUAUCCAGAUUUUGGAAUCAUUUGCUCAUUCUUUGAUUCAGAGGAAUGUUUUGAUGAGAAGGGAUAUCCCAAAUCUAACAAAAUACCAGAUAAUUCUGGCAAGAGAUCAAUUUAGGAAAAACCCAUCUCCGAAUAUUGUGGGAAUACAACAAGGCGUAAUCGAGGGAGAGUUUGCUAUUUGUAUUAGUUUAUAUCAUGGUUAUGAAUUAUUGCAGCAAAUGGGAAUGAGAUCAUUAUAUUUCUUCCUUUGUGGAAUUAUGGAUGGAACUAAAGGGAUGACACGGUCAAAAAAUGAACUUGGCCGAAAUGAAGACUUCAUGAAGCUCUAUAAUCAUCUAGAGUGUAUGUUUGCCCAUACACGUAGUACUUCAGCAGAUGGUGUUUCUGCUAUCCAACAAGGAGAUAAAAAUAAAAAAUUUGUUUAUGGUCAUCCAAAGUUAAAGAAAUUAGAAGAAGUUGUAAUUGAACACUUCAAGUCAUGGAAUGCUGAAAACACUUCUGAAAAGAAACGUGAUGAGACCCGAGUUAUGAUCUUCUCUUCAUUUCGAGAUAGUGUUCAAGAAAUUGCAGAAAUGCUUUCACAGCAUCAGCCAAUUAUUAGAGUAAUGACUUUUGUCGGCCAUGCCUCAGGGAAAAGCACGAAGGGUUUUACCCAGAAGGAGCAACUGGAGGUAGUGAAACAGUUUCGUGAUGGUGGUUACAACACGUUGGUUUCUACCUGUGUGGGUGAAGAAGGUUUGGAUAUAGGAGAAGUUGAUCUUAUAAUAUGUUUUGAUUCCCAGAAGAGCCCAAUUCGUCUUGUACAACGAAUGGGUAGAACUGGCCGUAAACGUCAAGGCAGGAUAGUUGUUAUCCUUUCUGAAGGACGAGAGGAACGUAUUUAUAAUCAGAGUCAGUCCAACAAAAGAAAUAUAUGUAAAGCUAUUUCAAGUAACAGGCAGGUCCUUCAUUUUUACCAAAGAAGUCCACGAAUGGUUCCUGAUGGAAUCAACCCAAAAUUACACAAAAUGUUCAUCACACAUGGUGUCUAUGAAACAGAGAAGCCUUCUCGGAACUUGCAGCGAAAAUCAUCUAUCUUUUCCUAUAGGGAUGGAAUGAGGCAAAGUAAACUAAAGAAAGAUUGGUUCUUAUCAGAAGAAGAAUUUAAAUUAUGGAACAGACUUUAUAGAUUAAGAGACAGUGAUGAAAUUAAAGAGAUAACAUUGCCUCAAGUUCAGUUUUCUUCUUUACAAAAUGAGGAAAACAAACCAACUCAAGAAUCAGCCACUGGAAUUCGUCAACUCUCUCUCUCUGAAUGGAGACUGUGGCAAGAUCAUCCUUUACCUACACAUCAAGUUGAUCACUCAGAUCGAUGCCGCCAUUUUAUAGGCCUUAUGCAAAUGAUAGAGGGAAUGAGACACGAAGAGGGAGAAUGCAGCUAUAAAUUGGAAGUUGAAUCUUAUUUACAAAUGGAAGAUGUUAGCUCAACAUUUAUUGCUCCCAGGAAUGAAUCUAAUAAUCUUGCCAAUGACACCUUUAUCACUCACAAGAAAUCGUCAUUUUUAAAGAACAUAAAUCAGAGCAGUUCGUCCUCAGUGAUAGAAUCUGAUGAAGAAUGUGCUGAAAUUUUUAAACAAACUCAUAUCAAACCUACAAAAAUUGUUUCCUUAAAGAAAAAACUGUCUAAAGAAAUAAAAAAAGAUCAGCUUAAAAAAGAAAAUAAUCACGGGAUUAUAGAUUCUUUAGAUACUGACAGAAAUUCUACUGUUGAAAAUAUUUUUCAAGAAGACCUACCAAAUGAUAAAAGAACAUCAGAUACAGAUGAAGUUGAUGCCACAUGUACUAUUAAUGAAAAUGUUAUUAAAGAGCCAUGUGUAUUAUUAACAGAGUGUCAGUUUACAAACAAAUCCACUAGUUCAUUUGCUGGAAAUGUUUUAGAUUCUGGUUAUAACAGUUUCAGUGAUGAAAAAUCUGUUUCAUCUAACUUAUUUCUUCCAUUCGAAGAAGAGCUUUAUAUUGUUAGAACAGAUGAUCAAUUUUAUAAUUGUCACUCAUUGACAAAAGAGGUACUAGCUAAUGUAGAGAGAUUUUUAUCUCAUUCUCCUCCGCCUCUCAGUGGACUCUCAAACUUGGAAUAUGAAAUUGCUAAGGGUACUGCACUUGAGAAUUUGCUUUUCUUACCCUGUGCAGAGCAUUUACAAAGUGAUAAAUGCACCUGUUUGAUGUCACAUUCAGCUGUGAAUUCUCAACAGAAUUUAGAAUUGAAUUCACUUAAAUGUAUAAAUUAUCCGUCUGAAAAAAGUUGCCUUUAUGAUAUACCUAAUGAUAAUAUUUCUGAUGAGCCAAGCCUCUGUGACUGUGAUGUAUAUAAACAUAAUCAAAAUGAAAAUUUAGUACCUAACAAUCGUGUUCAAAUACACAGAGGCCCUGCACAGAAUUUAGUUGGAGAGAACAAUCAUGAUGUUGAUAACAGUGACCUCCCAGUAUUGUCCACUGAUCAAGAUGAAAGUUUACUAUUAUUUGAAGAUGUUAAUACAGAAUUUGAUGAUGUGAGUCUUGCACCCUUGAACGGUAAAAGCAAAUCUUUACGUGUGUCAGACAAAACUGCUAUUAGUGAAAUGCCUCUGGUCUCUCAGUUAUCAGAACUUUUGUUGGACAAUAAUUCUGAACCCCAAGAUCCAGUCACCCAUGAUGAUAAUAGUUUUAAAUCUCAUGAUGAUCUGAGAAGUGUACAGGAAGAAAAAAUGAAGAAUCAUGAGGAUAUUUUUGAUUGCUCUAUGGAUUUAUUUUCUGUUACCUUUGAUUUAGGAUUCUGUAGUCCAGAUUCUGAUGAUGAAAUAUUGGAACAUACAUCAGAUAGCAAUAGACCUCUGGAUGAUCUAUAUGGAAGGUAUUUGGAAAUUAAGGAGAUAAAUGAUGCAAAUUAUGUUUCGAAUCAAGCACUAAUACCAAGAGAUCAUAACAAAAAUUUUACUAGCGGAACCGUUAUUAUCCCAUCAAAUGAAGAUAUGCAGAAUCCAAAUUGUGUACAUUUGCCACUGAGUGCAGCAAAAAAAAAAGAAUUGUUAUCUCCUGGUUAUUCUCAGUUUUCUUUACCAAUGCAAGAAAAAGUUAUGAGUACACCACUCUCUGAAUCAAACACAUUGAACUCAUUUUCUAAGAUAAGAAAGGAAAUACUUCAGACACCAGAUUCUAAUAAGGGAAAAAUAAAUCUACAAAGAUUCAAAGAAGCAUUGAAUUCAACUUUUGAUUAUUCAGAAUUUUCUCUAGAAAAGUCUAAAAGCAGUGGUCAAAUGUGUCUGCAUAAAUCCUGUCAUUCUGUUGAAGAUGGACAAUUAUUAACAAGUAAUGAAAGUGAAGAUGAUGAGAUUUUCCGAAGAAAAGUUAAAAAAGCAAAAGGAAAUGUUUUAAACUCUCCUGAGGAUCAGAAAAAUAGUGAAGUUGAUUCUCCACUUCAUGCUGUCAAAAAGCGCAGAUUUCCUGUAAACAGAUCAGAAUUAUCAUCUAGUGAUGAGAGUGAGAAUUUUUCCAAACCAUGUUGGAAUGCCAGAAGAGGCAUCAGAGUCCGAAAGAGACAGAGUCACUUAAAGCAUGUAGCUAGGAAGUUUUUAGAUGAUGAAGCAGAACUUUCUGAAGAAGAUGCAGAAUAUGUUUCAUCAGAUGAAAAUGAUGAGUCAGAAAAUGAAGAAGAUUCCUCAUUACUUGACUUCUUAAAUGAUGAAACUCAACUUUCACAGGCUAUAAAUGAUGCUGAAAUGAGAGCUGUUUACAUGAAAUCUUUGCGUAGUCCAAUGAUGAACAAUAAGUACAAAAUGAUUCAUAAGACACAUAAAAACAUAAACAUUUUCUCACAGAUUCCUGAACAAGAUGAAACCUAUUUAGAGGAUAGUUUUUGUGUUGAUGAAGAGGAGUCUUGCAAAGGCCAAUCAAGUGAAGAAGAAGUUUGUGUUGAUUUUAACUUAAUAACUGAUGAUUGCUUUGCAAGUAGCAGUAAAAAGUAUAAAACCCGACGUGCAGUAAUGCUAAAACAAAUGAUGGAACAAAACUGUGCACAUUCAAAAAAGAAAUUAUCCAGAAUUAUUUUACCAGAUGAUUCAAGUGAGGAGGAGAACAAUGUAAAUGAUAAAAGAGAAUCUAAUAUUGCAGUUAACCCAAGCACUGUUAAGAAGAACAAACAACAGGACUGUUGUUUAAAUUCAAUGCCUUCUGGAUCUUCUCUGCAUUCCAAGGUACAUUCUAAUCCAGUAGUUAAUCAAUCACCAAAGCAGAGCAAACAGACAUCACUUAAUUUAAAGGAUACAAUUUCUGAAGUCUCAGACUUCAAACCUCAGAAUCGUAAUAAAGUCCAGUCUACCACACCACCCUUCACUACUGUUGAUUCACAGAAAGACUGUAGAAAAUUUCCAAUUCCACAGAAGGAUGGUAGUGCUUUGGAGGAUUCUAGCACUUCAGGGGCAUCCUGUUCCAAUUCAAGACCACAUUUAGCUGGGACACAUACUUCUCUUAGACUUCCACAGGAAGGAAAAGAAACCUGUAUUCUUGUAGGCGGUCAUGAAAUAACUUCUGGAUUAGAAGUAAUUUCUUCCCUAAGAGCAAUUCAUGGGCUGCAAGUAGAAGUUUGUCCUCUUAAUGGCUGUGAUUACAUCGUGAGUAACCGCAUGGUGGUGGAAAGGAGGUCUCAGUCUGAGAUGUUAAAUAGUGUCAAUAAGAACAAGCUCAUUGAGCAGAUCCAGCACCUGCAGAGUAUGUUUGAAAGAAUAUGUGUGAUUGUGGAAAAGGACAGAGAAAAAACAGGAGACACAUCAAGGAUGUUUAGGAGAACAAAAAGCUAUGACAACCUGCUGACUACCUUAAUUGGCGCUGGAAUCCGAAUUCUCUUCAGUUCCUGCCAAGAAGAAACUGCAGAUUUGCUAAAGGAACUGUCUUUAGUGGAACAAAGAAAGAAUGUUGGUAUUCAUGUUCCAACAGUGGUGAAUAGUAGUAAAAGUGAGGCACUCCAGUUUUAUUUAAGUAUUCCCAAUAUAAGUUAUAUAACUGCAUUAAAUAUGUGUCACCAGUUUUCAUCUGUGAAAAGGAUGGCUAACAGCUCACCUCAAGAAAUCUCCAUGUAUGCACAAGUAACUCAUCAGAAGGCUGAGGAGAUCUAUAGAUAUGUUCACUAUGUAUUUGACAUACAAAUGUUACCAAAUGAUCUUAACCAAGAUAGACAGAAAUCUGAUGCAUAAUCAAGCUGCUCAAGAUGGAGUUUUCAAAGAACUCUCGCAAUAUUAAACGCACUUGAAUAAUCAUUGCUGUUUUGUGAUUAUGUUUAUUUGUAAAUAAGAGAAUAUUUCCUUAAAUAUAUUUUAUAUUGUAUAUUUUUAUUUAUAUAGAUUAUAUAAAUUAUUAAAAAAGAAAAAUCUGAUGUUCGGUGAUCAUUUUGACUAGAUUAUGAAACUAAUUUUUUUUUAUUAAAUAAAACAAGGUUUAUUAAAAGUGUUACUAAGGAUAGUUUAAGAAAGUAAAAGCUAAGCUAGAGAUACACUUUGGAAUGUUUCCCAAGAUUAAAGUUGUACUGUUGUGAUAAAUAGUAAAGUUGAUAUGUCUGACUACAGCCAACUUGUCGAUUUUUCCCAUGUAUAGAUAGUAUACUUUAAGUGUACUGAUUCUAAGUAUGUGUACUUGGUAAGGUGUGGGUGAUGGGUGGUUGUGAGAUAAACGACCCACGUAACUAGGAAAGUAGAAAACUUAACUGAAUGUUUAUCUGACCAGAAUUGCAUCCCAGUUAAGUACUGUCAAAUCUGUUAAUAUGAACUCUAAUAUGGUUUGGCUGUGUCCCCAACCAAAAUCUCAUCUUGACUUGUAAUCUGAAUUAUAAUCCCCAUAUGUUGGGGAGGGACCUCCUGGAAGGUGAUUAGAUCAUGGGGGCGGUUCCCCCAUGCUGUUCUAGUGAUAGUUUUCAGAGGAUCUGAUGGUUUUUUAUAAGGAGCUUUUCCUCUGUUCACUCUGCAGUUCUCUUGCCUAGUGCCAUGUGGAAAAGGAAACGGCUUCCCCCACCGUGAUUGUAAGUUUCCUGAGGCCUCCCCAGCCAUGCAGGACUGUGAGUCAAUUAAAAUCUUUUCCUUAUAAAUU